CUUUUCCUUAAAUACUACCAUUUUAUUAAAGUAUAUAUUAAUAAUAUUAUUAUCUUUGGUAAAAUAAAAGAAGAAUACCCAAAAUACCUAUAUAUCAUUUAUAGAAUCCUUAAUAAGGCCUAUAUCCAUAUUAGCACCAUUAAAUUCUUUAUAAGAUACCUAGCUAUAAGACUCCUUAGGUAUAUCGUAAAUGGUAAAGGCAUUAUUAAAACCGAUGACCAUAUUGCUGCCUUUAAGAAGCUAAAGUUUUUAGACACUCUUGAUAGCUUAGAGCAUUACCUUAGAAUAGCCGGAUAG